AACAAUAUUACUAGUAGACAGACUUUAGCUCAAGACCUUCAGAGUCUUAUAGAAUUAAGUAUGCAGUAUUCUGAUCCAGGGAAUGCUGAAUAUGUCAAGCUUAAAUCUGAGUUUAUAAAUUCUAUCAAAAAAGAUUAUGCUGAUUUUAAGACCCAUAUAGUAAAAUUAAAAUAUCUCAGUUUAGAACAACCAAAUCGUCUUGAAACCAUUAAGAUGGCAAUGAAAAAUUCAUGUAAGGAUGCCACAAAUUGGUUACUUAGACAACUUGCAAAUGAAGAGAUAUUAAGAGAAGAUGCAGGUUAUACUAUCUUGGAUUGUUUAAGAACAUUACCCAUGUCAACUAUAAGAAACAAUCACAGUGAAAUGACUCAUAUCACGAAUUAUCUUAACUGA